CGUCUGGUUACGUCAUUCCGAGAAUUCAGCUGAUCUUCAGUCAUCAAAACAAACUGGGACCUGAGUCAUAGGCGGAAAUUUUUACGCAUUUUCACCCGAAAUUCGACACGAGGAGGACAUCUUCUGUAGAAAAUGAAGUUUCAAUACAAGGAGGAACACUCCUUGGAACAACGCCAGGCAGAGUCUGACAAGAUCAGAAGAAAAUACCCUGACCGGAUACCAGUGGUAGUAGAAAAGGUGCCCAACUCUCAGAUCCAAGACAUUGAUAAGAAGAAGUUCCUGGUCCCGACGGACAUCACCGUGGCACAGUUCAUGUGGAUCAUCCGCAAGCGCAUCAAGCUGCCUUCGGAGCGCGCCAUCUUCUUGUUCGUGGGGAAAGUCCUGCCGCAGUCAAGUGCCAAUAUGGGUCAGAUCUACAAUGAACACAAAGAUGAAGAUGGAUUCCUCUACAUCGCAUACAGUGGGGAAAAUACCUUUGGAUUCUGAAGCACAGAAUCAACUACAAGGCUUAUACGGACACAUGUAUGCCCCCAGACAAACUGAUGAUGCGCGACCAGGAUGAACUGAUGUACAAAGUUACAGAUGUAUUACAGAGAUAUCUCGAUAACCAAGACAUGUACAAGAUGUUUUGAGUUGUUUAUCUGUCCAGUCUGCAUGUUAACUGGCUGAGGUCUAUCUAGCCAGAAGAACAUGUUUUAUGCCCUAUGGUGAUCAUGAUUCAAAUGUAUUUAUGGGUUUGGGAAAUAUCUGAAGUAAAACCUAUUGCUGGAGAUACAGAAAGCAGAUAACAGCUGUGGAGAUAUAUGAACUUUCGGGUGGACAAGUUGCCGUCCACUGGGUGAGGGGUUCUUAGAAAUGUGAGAAACGAUUGUAUAGAUUUGUUAAUUGUUUACAACAAGUUUUAAUACUAUGGCCCUUUGCCUUGAUUCCCUUAAGUUGUAUUAUUUUAUCUUCUACUUUUAUUUGUGGAAGCACUUUAAAAAAGGUGAUAAAAAAAAACAAAUGACGUAUUAAGCAGUCCAAAUUUCUUGAUGUUGUCCUCUCUACCUCUAAGAUUCGCUUUAACUUCUUAACUUCUGGAGCAAAAAAAAAAAACAGUGCUAUGUUCAUGUUCACAAAAACUCCCUUUGGUCAUGUAACUUUUCUGCACAAUGGAGUGUAGACAUUAUACAGUAUGCAGAAGUUAUUAGAUAUCUUAACACCUCUUAUACUAUAGCAUAGUCAUGAAGAGAUAGGAACCUCUCCUCAUUGUGCGAGUACUACUAGUAGUACUCAACCACAGCAGAAGUCUCUGUCAAAAAAUAUAUAUCUGUAUUUUACAAGUUACAGUUUUUGUCAUCGAUCUAAAACAUAUCUUACAAGUGGUUGAUAUGUGCCCUAGGGUUUUAUAUUUUAAGUGCCAGAAUGAAACAAGUUUUUGCUUUGCCAAACUAGUAGACAACUACUUUUAUUUGUUUGUUUGUUUUUAAACUUUUUUAAAAAUCAGUGUAUUGAAGAGUGCAUGCUUGCAGGUGGGAAUGUUUGUGUGACGGAGAAUGCAUUAUGAUUAAGUCAUGUAUUCUACUAGUUUAGUACCUAAGUGGUGUAUGUUCUUGUUAAAAUUGUUUCAAAGGUUUAUAUGCAGAGAGUUGAUCAAGCUGGCUUUUACACGAUAUCUAUGUCAACAAGCUUAUAUAAAUACUACCAGUUUGGUUGCUAAUGAGCCCGAAUUAUGAUUACUAGUAAUGCUAGAUAAUAUGAAUAAUAUAACUGCAAUGUUGCUUUUGAGAGGAAUGGAAUUAUGCCCAAAUAAGAGAUGAGACUCCUUGCACUUAUUUGCCAAAAAAAAGCUCAACAUACAAUCUCUACAGGUAACUUUUUUGACAAAAAAAAUUAUAGGAUAAACGAUCAUCUUUGUGUACCUUUAUUACAUUCAUAUUGCUGCUUUCAAGGCAAAGUCUGUCAGUGUAACUCAAGUAACACAAUGAUCAGUGACCUAACAUCUCCAUUUGGAUACAAAAGCAUUGAUGAAGAAAGCAGAUUAUAUAGUGAUGCAAGGAUAUUUUUGAUCAUCACAGGUACAGGUAUGUACAAGAUUCAAACAGUUGUGUACAUGUACUGAAUACUCAAACUUCUUGAAUGACCGUAUCUAUCAAAUGACAAAUGUUGCUGGAAGACACUUAUGUUGCUGUACCAUAUUGCCAUACCAGUUGUACUGACAUUAUUUUAUAAUCCUCCUAGACUAUUGUGUUCUGUCUUCCAAGUUGUUUAUAGUGGAAGAAAUAAAGCAUUCCCUACUAGAUACCUUAA